GUCAAUUACUGCAAAAAUAAAUCGUCUGGGUGUUUUUAUAUUUUCAGCAAAGCCUUAAGCAGCUAUAAAUCUGUUGCAUGAUGCAGGUUUUUUUUUAAACUACUAACAAAGUGCUGUGUCCCACAGGAAUGAGACUGUUCGUUGUUUGAAAUACUGCACUGAUAGUCAAGGGGGUAGAAAAGUUAUUGUACAUGUUGGAAGUGAAGUAUGUGUGGUAUCCACCAUGAACUAUUUUGUCUUUUACAAAACACCACAAAUGUUUUAUUUUCUGUAGUGUACCCUAAGAAAAAAAAAACUAAACAAAAUGUCCUUAAAUUGGAGAAUUUUCGCAGAUGCUGGUCGACUGGGGUGUGUUCGAUUUGCAAAAUUAUGGCUGCAGGUUGUGUGCGGGAACUACUUUGUCAUGCAGUCCAAAUAGUGUACGGUGCCAGUCUGAGCUCUUGGACACCAGCAUUGCGGAUUCUCAGAAGGUUUGAAAAAAGCAGGAUCAUUGCCAAUCCGUGGAGGUGGUCUCCGUUCUGCACAGAUGCAGAUGACUCGAACCAGACUCUUGCAGUGAAGAAAAAAAAGCAGGAUCCUCGGGCUCGUACUACAAUCACCAGUGUAGGCCGGAAAAUCUCGCAGCGCCAGAUCCAAGUUAUCAGUGAGGAAGGGGAAAACCUGGGUGUUCUCCACCGUGCAGAUGUCCUCAGAAUCAUGGAUGAGAAGGGUCUCAAACUGGUGGUACUCAGUGAACGUCAGGAUCCUCCGGUUUAUCGUCUGAUGAGUGGGAAACAAAUCCAUGAAGAACAGAUGAAAAUGUGGGAGAAACAGAAAGGCAAGGCAGCUCCUGUGCAGGUCAAAGAGCUCACCUUUACUUCCUGUAUUGCUUCUCACGAUCUGAUGACCAAACUGAAGCAGGUGGAGAGCUGGUUGGAGAAGAAGCACCACGUUAGGAUAACACUGCGCUCACCACGCAAUGAGUCUACAGACAACUUGGAUCAAAACCUAGAACAAAUGGUGCAACAAAUGGAGGUGAUGGUGGGUUUUGUUUCCAAGCCAAAAGUCAUACGUGAGGGCCAAGCGGCCAUGUGCAUCCUUCGGCCUCCUUCGGCAAAGGAAUUGUCCAAAAGAGACAAGGAUCGGAGUCCAUUGUCACAGUCUGGCAGCCCAAAGGCUGCUGAAGAUGAACCGGCUCCUCCGGACACAAAAAAGGACUCUUCAAUAAUGAUCAACGAGAAAUAAGACAUAUUUGCAAGUAAAAUAGACUGGUUGAGACAUCCAAUUCACAGUUCUGAGGUCAUGGUUUCAAAUCUGCCCUGCACUCUGUGGCGUUUCCAUGUUCUCCUCAUGUCUGCCUGGGUUUUCUUCAGGUACAUUGGUUUCCUCGUACAUCCCAAAAACAUUCAAGUAACUUUAUUGUCAGAUGUGUUAUACUUACGUGACAUACAACAUACCUGAAAUAGCAUUCCUCUCAGACCUGCGGUGCUAUAAAUAGUUGGAAAGAAAUUGAGAAAAAAAAAUACAAAUAAACAGGUCUGUCUAAAAAAUA